AUGAUCCUCCUCUAUCAUAUCGUAGUGGUUAAGAUGAUUCCUUGUCCAAACUCACAACAAUUACUAUUUCUUCAUCUUCAAUACUCAAACUACAUCAUUAUCACUUUCUAUCACAACAUAUACUAUCUUUUCAUCUUUCAUUGUUACUCAUACACUUUCAUCCUUAUCAGUAUCUAUUUUAUUUCUUUCGAUUCAUUCUCAUUUACCUUAUCCAUCUAUAUAUUAUUCUUUGCUGCUUUCAUAAUGUCGCAACAACAACACCCACCGUUCACUUGUUGGGUAGAGUUUAGUAACAAGAAAGACGAACUCACCUUCGAGAACACCGCCAACUAUAAUCGUCUCAUCCCUGUCAUCAGAGGUUCCAAACAACUCGCUGUAGGUGACGGUUCUAUCGAUUUGUUCUCUGAUGCAGCCAAGACCAUUCAACUUGAUGUUGAGACUCCAGUCGAUAGGAAUCUUCAGCGAAUCUAUGUCGCCACCACUCAACCACAGCAAGAAUCAAAUGUUGAUAGAGUUUGUUUUGCAUUGUCGUGCAAUAGAUUAUAUAAAGAGAGAAAGCAUUAUUUAUACUUCAACUCUGAUUUACUAUAUUUCAGAAUAACACAUCAGAAUCAUUUAUAUAAAUAUAAAACAUGUAAAAGUGUAAUGAGAGAUUUUAGAGAUCAAGCAGUACAAUCACUUGAAGCAACUGAUGAUUAUAUGAUUAGAACAAUCACAAAAUCAGAUGAAGAUAAAAGAUCUGAUAAAUCAAUACCAUAUGAUAUAGAUACAGAUGUUCUAAAAAUACUUUACGAUAUACCAUUGACACCUUUAUGUCUACCAAGCAAUCUAAGAGUAUUGGAUUUAGGUGAUUCAUUCAAUCAAUUUAUACCACCACAUACACUACCCUAUACACUACAUACAUUAAAUUUCAGUAGAUGGUUCAAUCAGAAACUGGUUGCCUCUACUAUCCCAGUGAAUGUCAAGAGGAUAACUUUCGGUGCAAAUUUCGAUCAGAUGAUCGAUAUUGAUGUAUUACCAGAUGGUCUUGAAUAUUUAGAGUUUGGUUUGGAAUAUAACCAACCGAUAGCCAAUGGCGUGUUACCACACCAGCUGAAACAAUUGAAGUUCAAUUCAUUCCGACAGGAUCUCGAAACAGUUUCAAUACCCAACUCUGUUACAACACUCAAGUUUGGAAAGUAUUUCGAUCAACCAUUAAUCAAUACACUGCUGCCGGAUUCGUUGACCGAUCUAACCAUUGGACCCAAUUAUAAACAACCAUUCAAUAUCGAUUCGUUUCCAAGUUCACUGAAAAAAUUAACAUUGUUUCAGCGCGUCAUUGGUGGAACUUUACAAGACUCCAUUGUAAAUCUACAACUCGUUAGUCAGGAGUACGACGUUGAUUAUAUGGAUGAUUAUCCACUUGUCUUUCCUCGAAAUCUAGUUAGAUUGAGAGCUUGGAACGCUGGUGUUAGACUUACCAAAAGAUUACAAGAUACAUUACCACAGACACUCGAGCAUUUAACAAUUAAUUAUAUAAGCUAUGAAUUCUUUGAUUUACUCCCAAAGACUCUAAAGUACCUAAGAGCAAAGAUGGCCGGUGACAUGCCAUAUCCAGAGCAAAACCAAUUGCCACCGUCGAUUGAAACACUGCAUCUCUAUCAGUGGCAACCAACCGAGUUACUACAUUGGAAAUCAAUUCCUGAGAAGAUAAAAACUAUCACGCUGCCUGUAAAACACAACAUAUCGAUUCCAUUCAAUGUAGAUAUUGCCCUAUAUGGUUACACCCUACGAAGAUUAGACAAAAGUAACUAUUUGUUUCUCAGGAACAAUCUUCAAGGUGGUUUCAUAUCAAAGAGAGCAUUACAAGCCAAAUUUAAUACAAUGUCAAGUUAUGCAAGGUUUAUGCUCGAUGUUUCGAAUUAA